AUGUAUUUUUUCUUUUGUACAUUUUUAAUUUUUGUACUGAUUGAAUUAAGCAACAAUUAUAAGAAUUUUCACUUAAGUAAAAUUGAAUUAAUAAAACUCAAUAAUAAGUAUCAUAUAAAAGAUGAUAUAAUAAAUUAUAAUAGAUUUAAAUAUGUAUAUAAUAUAAAAAAUCAUCCUAUACAUGAUGUUACAAAUGAAAUAUUAAAUUUUCUAAAAAAAAAAAUAUCUUUUUACUUAGUUUACAAUAAGUGUCCACUUUAUGAUAGUAAUUUAUGUUUUAAUGAUAUUUUAAUUAAAAACACAAAUGAAACUACUUCAAAGAAAAAUAAUUUUUAUUUUUCCAAUUCAUUUUUAUUUAUACCUCAAGCAACAUCCUUAUUUCCAUUUAUAUAUCAGUUAUUAAAUAAUAAAGAACUCACUAAAACAGAAAAUAUUAAUAUAUAUGAAAAAACAAGCAAUUAUUCUUUUCAAAGAUCUUAUGAGAAAAAGAAUAUUGAUAUUCAUAACAAAAAAAUAUGUAAAGAAAGUAAUAAUAAAAACAUAAAACAAGAAAACAGUGAUAUUUAUUACAAUCGUAUAGAUAAUUAUAAUAUUAAUAAUUCUAGUGAGGCUAAUAAUAUAGGAAAUACCAAUUUAAAUUUAAUUGAUUUUAACAGUGAUAAUUUUUGUAUUAUUUCAAGUAUUUUUCGAAAAGAUAACAUUGAUAAACUUCAUUUCCCAUUUUUUAAUCAAAUAGAUAUAUAUAUAAAAAUAAAAAAUGAAUUAAUUAAUAAUAAAAAACAACUUAUAUAUAUAUUAUGUGAAUUAUUAUUAUAUCUUUUUAAUAAAAAAUAUAAAUGGAGGAUAAAAGAGGACUCAUUUGAUUUCACAAAUGAUUCUCUUCAAGCAGAAGUUUUUUAUAAUAAUAAAUGGGUAGAGAUAUUAGGUAGUGGAAUUUUAAAAAAAAAAAUUAUUUUUAAGAAAAAUAAAAAGCAUGAUAUUCAUGAUUAUUUAGCUAUAGGAUUAGGCUUAGACAGAAUUGCUAUGAUAAAAUUUGGUAUUGAAAGAAUAAGAGAUUUAUAUUUAUAUAUUUCAAAUAUAGAAAAUGUUCCAAUUAAUAAAGCUACUAAAGACAACUUAAAUAAUGAAAUAAAUUACAAUAUAAUAAAAAAUUUUAAAGAUAAUAAAUAUUUGAAUGAAAAUUUGAAAAACAAAUUAAAUGAUGAUAUAAAAAAUUAUAAAUUAUUAAAAGGAGAAAAUAUUUUAUCAGAAUCUCCAAAAAAAGAAGGUAUAAAAUUAAGAGAUGAAUUACUAGGUCCUAUGAAAAAAGCAUUAAAUGAAAAUAAGGAAGCUUUAUAUUUUAUUAAUUUAUACAAUGUAAAAAAUGAGGAGAGAGAUUUAUCCUUUUAUUCCAAUUUGGAAUGGAACAACGAAAAAUUCAUAAAAAACAUUUUUGAUUUUAAAAAUAUAAAAAACACUAGUUUUUUGAAAAAAGUUUUUCUCUUUGAUAUAUUUGUGAAUAAAGAAUUAAAUAAAACUAGUUAUUCCUAUAAAUUCAUUUAUGUUGCAACAACAAAUAUAAAAGAACAACAUAUUUUUAAAAAUUAUGUUAAAGAAUUGCAUGAAGAAAUAAUAAAAAAAAUUUUAAACAUUUAUGAUAUAAUUAUUAGAUAA